UAAACUUUCUGGAAAUAGUUAGAAAUAUACUAGAAGAAUAUUGUUAUAAACAGAUCAGUAUAUAUUAUAUGCAAAUUCAGAUAACAGUAAUAUAAACGAAAAUCUGCGACAAGUUUACUUUCCAAAUUUAAUUUUGGAAAUUUCCGGGCUUCUAAUGCUGAAAAUGGCAGCUUUUAUAAGUUCCUCAUUCACCCGUGGUAUCCACACAUUUUCUGUUCCUUCUGAGCUGUUCAAAACAAAUCGCCGGAAUUUAUGUGAAAGGCUGAAGAAAAUUAAGCAAAUCCCUGCUAAUUCUUACGUGUUGCUUCAGGGUGGAGAGUCUGAAACCCGAUAUUGUUCUGACCAUGAGCCUCUUUUCAGACAGGAGUCUUAUUUUCAUUGGACAUUUGGAGUUGAAGAACCCGAUUUUUUUGGUGCUGUACAUAUUGAUUCAGGCAAGACAAUUCUUUUCCCUCCUAAACUGGAUGCAAGCUAUUCAACAUGGAUGGGAAAGUUGAAAGGUGAAAAAGAAUUUAAGGGAAGAUAUGAUGUUGAUGAAGUCCACUUCUCUGACGAGAUUUGUGAUUUCUUUGAAAAGACCAAACCAUCCCUUCUUUUAACAUUGUAUGGCCUUAAUACAGACAGUGGAAAAAAGAGCACCCCUGCAGCCUUCAAUGGCAUCAAUAAGUUCAAGGUGAAUGAUGAGUUACUUCACCCAGAGAUUUCUGAAUGCCGUGUUUUCAAGAGUGACUAUGAAUUGGAUUUACUUCGCUACACCAAUAAAGUAUCCAGUGCUGCUCAUAGAGAGGUAAUGAGACAGAUACGUCCAGGGAUGUACGAGUACCAGCUGGAAAGCAUAUUUCGUCAUUUUUGUUCUUACUAUGGAGGUGGUCGUCAUUUAUCUUACACCUGUAUUUGUGGAAGUGGAGAAAAUGCAGCUAUUUUGCACUAUGGACAUGCUGGAGCUCCAAAUUCCAGAAGACUUGAUGACGGGGAUGCUUGUUUACUUGACAUGGGAACAGAAUAUUGCUGUUAUGCAUCUGAUAUCACUUGCUCUUAUCCAGUAAAUGGCAAAUUCACUGAAAAACAGAAGAUCAUCUACGAAGCAGUAUUGAAGGCUUCUAUAGCUGUUUUUGCAGCAAUGAAACCAGCUGUCUCCUGGGUGGACAUGCAUAAGCUUGCUGAAAGAAUUCAAUUGGAGGAGCUAAAAGAAGCUGGUUUGCUUCAAGGAGAUGUUGAAGAAAUGAUGAAAGUUCGUCUGGGUGCUAUAUUUAUGCCUCAUGGUCUUGGACAUUUCAUGGGAAUUGAUACUCAUGAUGUUGGUGGCUAUAAUGCAGGUGGAGAAAGAUCAACUGAACCAGGGUUGCGUUCUCUUCGAACUAAUCGUAUUCUACAACCACGAAUGGUUCUGACAAUUGAGCCAGGAAUAUAUUUUAACAAUGUUCUUCUUGAUGCUGCUCUUGCUGACCCAAACCAAGCUAAGUUUCUGGUUGCAUCUGUCAUAGAUGAAUAUCGUAACAGUGGUGGAGUGAGAAUUGAAGAUGAUGUGAUUGUGACCGAUGAUGGUGUUGAAAUGAUGACCAACGUUCCAAGAACUGUGGAGGAAAUUGAAAAUUUCUUCAGAAGUAGACCAGAACCAACACUUCCUCUGCCUUCAGAAAUCCCAUGUAUUCAUGAGAAGCAAUGUGUGGCACAGAAAUAGAAAAUGCAUCAUUCUUUUGAUUUUCAUUGUUCAAUGAAAGAAUUUCUUUAUAUCUUGAUUAUAGUUUACAUUGUAUAUUUUUGAUACAUACACACACAGAGGCACAUACACAUACAUACACACACACACAAACACACACAUAUAUACAUAUAUAUAUAUCUAUACACACAUGCAUGUCUAUGUGUUUAUGUGUAUACAUAUAUAUGUAUAUAUACAUAUGCAUGUAUAUAUGUGUUUAUAUAUAUAUAUAUAUAUAUAUAUAUAUAUAUAUAUGAAUAUGUAUAUAUUAUAUGUUUGUGUGUGUGUAUGUAAAUAUAUGUGUGUGUGUGUGUGCAAAACAAUCUUUUUUUAUUACCUUUAUUUUUUUAAUUUCCCAUGAGUUUUAUUUUGUUAAUCUGCAUUGGCCCACAUCCUACACGCAUGCACAUCUACCAACACUUUAAGUGAUGGGCCUCACAGGUGCACUGUGUAAAACCUACCCCUAUUUUUUUUAACCCACCCUUGAAUUUAGCACUACAGCUGCAACUGCUUCUUUUCACAACUUGUCAAUCAACUCUUUACCACACCCACUUGGUAGGCCCACCUCUUGUCUCUUCUGUUUUCCCUUUCUUGAACCUGAUACUUAAACACUUUUCUCUCAAAACACAGCACCAACCAUAUUAACCCCCUCCAAGCUAUUUUCAUCCCAUCCCUCUCUGACUAAAGCUGCUGCCUAUGGUGAACCUCAGGAAUCAUGCAAAUCAAAUACUAAAACAAAAAGCCUUUUUGAGGUUCUUUAUUGAAUAUUUAUAAUUUAUUGAAAAUAAAAAAAAAAAGAAAGAAAAGAAAAAUAAUGCCUGGAGUAGAUGAGAGGUAAUUUAGUUGUUAAAUAACGAAACCAGUUGAUAGCCAUAAUGGUGUGCAUUAAUAUAAGAGGAAAUUAGUGAUUAAUAGUCGUCUGUUGACAAUUAAUGAAUUUAAAUAGUUAAAAAGAAAUGUCAAAAGUUGGUUUGCCAUGAGGAAUUGGAAAUAUUUGAUGAUUGACACUAUACACAUACACAGCUAAAUAUUGUGAAAAAGUUCUGUAACAACAUGAAUUUUCAUAUUUACUUGAAAGAAAAAGGAAAAAUAUUAAUUCUUUGAUUAUAAUAUUUGGUAUUUUAAACACAGUAUUUUUUUUCUUUUUGUCAUUCCUAUUAAAUGAGAAAUGGCUUUUGGUUUGUUCCAUACACAAACUUCAAAGACUCGUCUAUGAUUCUUUAGAGAAAAAUUAAACCAUAUUGUUUAAUAUUGUUGCAGAAGAAUAAAUAAAAUUGCCAUUUAUCAAUUUAAUUCCUUUAUCAUAUCUUCAAAUAUAUUUUUGAAUUACUGUAUGAUAAUUGUGAUAAAAUAAAGUGCAAAUAUGUUUUCAA